CAUGGGCGCCCUACUGUCGCUUCCUCUCCUGGCAGUGCCCAGUAUGGGUACACUCUUCACCUUUGCCGCCUCAUGCUGCGGCGCUGCGACCUGUUCCGCUGUAUGCAGCGCCUGCGGGAAGUGCAAUAAUAGCGUCGCUACCCGGAUAGCAUACGCCCUCCUCCUCCUCGUCAACUCCAUCGUAUCCUGGCUGAUGCUGACGGACUGGGCGAUUAAGAAACUACAAAACCUGACACUGGACUACAUGACGAUUACCUGUGGCGGAAAAGAGUGCUAUGGCUUCGUUGCGGUCCAUCGAAUGAACUUUGCGCUGGGUGCCUUCCACGCGCUGCUCGCCAUCAUCCUGUUAGGAGUCCGAUCCACACGAGACGGCCGAGCGCCGAUUCAGAACGGGUUUUGGGGACCGAAGAUCAUCGGCUGGCUCGGGUUAAUCGUCGUCUCCUUCCUCAUUCCUGAUGGUUUCUUCAUCGCCUGGGGCAACUAUGUCGCCUUCGUGGGUGCGAUCCUUUUCCUCCUCUUGGGCCUCAUCCUCCUGGUCGAUCUGGCCCACACCUGGGCGGAGUACUGCCUGGAGCGCAUCGAAGCGACCGACGCCUCCGCCUGGCGCGUUCUCCUCAUCGGAUCUACGCUGUUCGAAUACCUCGCCGCGCUCGCCAUGACGAUCGUCAUGUACAUCUUCUUCGCCGGCGGCGGAUGUUCCAUGAACCAAGCGGCCAUCACCCUCAACCUCCUCUUCACCAUCGGCAUCUGCGUCCUAUCAAUCCACCCGGCCAUCCAAGCCGCCAACCCGCGCGCCGGCCUCGCCCAAUCUGGCAUGGUCACCAUCUACUGUACCUACCUCACCAUGUCCGCCGUUUCCAUGGAGCCUGACGACCGGCACUGCAACCCGCUCGUCCGCGCCUCCGGCACCCGUACCGCCACCAUCAUCCUCGGCGCCAUCAUCACCUUCCUCACCGUCGCCUACACCACCACCCGCGCCGCCACCGUCGGCCUCGCCCUCGGCGCCGCCCCCGGCGCCUACUCCCGCGUCGCUACCGACGACUACGAACACGGCCUCGUCUCCCAGCAGCCGUCCUCCCGCCGCGACCUCCGCGCCCAGGCCCUCCGCGCCGCCAUCGAGUCCGGUUCCCUUCCCGCCUCCGCCCUGGACGACGACAGCGAUGAUGACUCCGACUCUGGCGCCGCCAACCCUCGCGACGACGAGAAGUCCUCCACACGCUACAACUACGCCCUGUUCCACGUCAUCUUCCUGCUGUCCACCGCCUGGGUCGCCACACUGCUGACGCAGAACGUCGAAGCGCAAGACACCGACGGGAACUUCGUGGCCGUGGGGAGGACGUAUUGGGCGAGCUGGGUGAAGAUCGUGAGCGCCUGGGUGUGCUAUCUGAUUUAUUCGUGGAGUUUGGCCGCGCCAGCGUUGAUGCCAGAUCGGUUUGAUUAUUGAUUUGGUGGAUGAUUAUGUCAAUGGAAGCAUUUUUGAGCAUUUGUGUAUUUGUGAUUCCAAUAGAGUCGGUCCUUGCUAUAUCGCUGGUGCUCUCCGGACCGACAUCAAUACGAUCGGGUAGAUACAAUUGCAUAUCUCCCAAACUCAAUUUGUUAACGGUGAUCAAAACUGUACCUGCCCGCCCCUGCAGGACUAUCACGUUUGUGCCAGUAGGAAAGGCACCAAGUAUUUGUAUCAGUAUAUUGUUAUCUGUGCAUGACACACAUCUACCUGUCUCACUAUCGAAAUAUCUUCAUAACGUACAGAUUAGCCAUGCCCAG